UGGUUGUGUGAAACACGUGGGGAUGACUUUUAAUGAAAAUAGACGCCCUUUGACUGAAAAGAGCUUCAAGAAUUGGCUGAUGCUAUAGAUCUAAAUAACUCUGAUAUAGAUGAAGAACUUCUUAGUGAAGAUGACCUUGAUGGUGAUAACCUUGAGGAGGAUUUGUUGGACGAGCAAGCUUUUGAUGACCAAGACAAUCCAGAGCCCGAUGAUGGUUUCGAUUCUGAAGAUGACCUGCCCCUAGCGAGUUUAAUUCCAUCACAUUCCAAAAAGUGGAUUCGC